AAAUGAAAAAACAACAAAUAAUUGGCUAAAGUUUAAGUACCAGGCCAUGAACCUGCCGGACAACCCUGGAGAUCCAAGAAAUAAGUAAAGGAAAAAUGAAAAUGCCGAUCGGUCGAGUGGUGGCCGUCUAUGCACACAAACCCAACACUGAUACCACACUACACACAUAGAUUCCAAGUCAGGUUUAAUGUAUGUGGUUCAUCGUCCUUACUAGUCUUGUUCUUUCUUCUCCUUGUUCUUGUCUUGCUUGACGUUCACCUGGUACCUGGGAUCCAUAUAGACGAGGGUUGCUCGGAGGACUUGGUCCACUAGUUGAGACAUUCGCUUCGCGGCCGCGACCAUGAAAGCACACGGUCCUUCGAGUAUUUGUUUAACUUUUACUAUUUUUUUAUUCCUUGGUGGUGUUUUGUCGAGAAGUGUCAGCGAUGAUCGGCAAGUGACUGACAGUAUUCAAGAUGACGACUCAAUUCGACAAGAUGAUUCGCAAGUAAGUGGGAACCUCAAUUCGAAUUCAAAUUCGGAUCCACAAACGGAAAUCGGUAAGUCAACUAUUGCUACGGGUCAUGAUAAAGACGAGGGGAUUAGGAGAUUUGAUGCUAAUUCCGACGGUAAUCCUAAUUCUAAUGCCGAAGCUAAUGCUAAUGACGACGGUAAGCACUCGGUUGAACGUAAGUUAGAUUCGGAGGAUAGUUUUGUUAGAGGGGAUACUAAAGAAGCCGAUGAACGGGUCAAGCGUGAGCCAGAUUCGGUAGACAGUCUUAGUAAGAGAGAGAAUGUUGACAUUGACGCAACGAUUGGCAAUGAAAAAUUGAAAGGAAUCGCGGGCGAUGAAGAUCAGAGGGUUCACCAAACUCUGGAGUUAAUUCCUGUCAAGGUGGACCAGGUCCACUUGGACGAUGCUGUAGAAUCGGAAGUUAAUUAUGCGAGAAAAUCAAUUUCUAUUGACGGAGAAGAGGACGAGGAAGAUAAAAAAGACGGACGUAGUGAAAGGAGCGAGAAAGAAAAAAUAAAACUUGACGAAAUUCCCUCGCCGGAUGUGCAACAUUGGAAAGAGCAAGCGAUUCUUUUGCAGGAACAGUUGAAAAAUGAGAGCUACUUGUCGUAUCUCAGGGAAUCGGAGUCGGAUAUUCUGCCCGGGGUUCCCAAGUUCACGGAAGGUCAGCUGUUGGAUUUGCUGAAGAAAAUCGCCCCGAAAAAGCUUGCGCCUGCGGAAAAUUCUUAUUUUGACAAAGCUGACACUUCGGGACUGAAUACAGAUCAGCUGGAGAUAUUGAGAUGCGCGGAAGGCUUCGUUUCGGAGAACAAACGUAAGAACUUUGCUGAUGACAUGCUUGAAUGUAUCCGGGGUCUGAAUAUUCUCAAUUGCAUGAGGAUUUUUAUUUGGCCGAUUAUUGUUGACAAUGUGCCUGAGUCAAUAACCCAAAGGUUUCCGACUUUCCCUUUGGAGUUGACACUGUCGGAUUGGCUGCCAGGUGAUCGCGAGACACCGAAAACAAUCCGGGCUACGACGGGAGUUCCCCAGCAGAGGCUGAUAACUCCAGAGUUGGUAAUUUCUAACAUCCUGAAGGAUGCGCUAGAAGGUGGCAAUUUAAAGGACUACGACAAAAUCCCGACUUAUAUUGACGCACAAAACGACACCCUGUCGAAAAUAUUGAGCCCUGGUCAGAUGGAGAUCCUGCAGAUGUCGGAGAAGUUCUUGCCCGAAUCUGCGAGGCAGGACUACUCGAACCGAAUGUACUCGUGUGUUACGAGGUUCGAGUACUUCAGCUGCAUAAAGUUUUUCGCAUGGCCUACCAUCAAGCAAAACUUCCCGGCUCUGCCAGAAUUCCCUGAUUACCAGAACUGGUACCCAGCGAGUAUCAACGUUUUUCCAGGCUACCCGUUGAUUCCGUUCCCAGAUUCCACGUCAGAAGAUGGAAGCUUGCCAGAAGUCGUGGAUGUUGAUGAAUUCAAAAACCGAAGACCCCGCCCUGAGGCGCUGAUAGUUCAUAUACUGAAAAAUACGUUGGAUCAGCAACCGAGACAACAACUACUGUCGUCAGCAAUACGUCUGCAGGAUGACAAUAUCAAGUACAUGACAAAGGAACAGCUGGCUUCGAUACAGAUGGCUGAGCAGCUUAUUCCCGUUGAACAUCGAGCGGAGUUCGUUAACAAUAAUAUUGAAUGUAUGAGACAAUUCAAUUAUUUGACUUGUCUCAGGUAUGUAACUUGGCCGACUGUUAGGAAAUUUAAACCAACUUUGCCGGAAUGGUUUCCUUCAUUUCCAUUCUCUCUGCCGGCUUUGCCGAGUUUACCGAGUAUUCCGGGUUUACCAAGCUGGGGCGUCAGUGAGACAGCGACAGAAUCUGCAAGUAUUUCGGGUGGUUCGUCAGGAAGUGGAACAGGGGGAGGAGGCAGUGGAGGCAGCGGUUCUGGCGGAAGUAAUGCUGGAGGAGUCCAAGUCAUCAAUGGUGGCGGAAGCUCGACAUCUGGUAGUGGAUCUGGUCAGGGUUCUCCUGAGGAAGUCGUUAUCAUUAUUAAGCCACAGGGAGGAGGUUCAGGAGGUUCGGGUGGUAGCAAUUGGGGACAGGGAAGUGGUAGCCAGGGAGGAAACCAAGGAGGAAAUGUCGGUACUGGAGGAUCUAGCAGUUCAGGUUCCGGAGGAUCAGGUGGGGGUACCUGGUGGGGAGGAAGUUAUCCAGGCUCAUCAGGAAGUUAUCCAGGAAGUGGUGGUUCCGGAGGCCCUAUUAGCGGCAUUUGGGGUGGAGGUCAAGGAGGAUCUGGCAGCGCAGGUAGUUCUGGAGGAGGUGGUUCAGCUUCAGGUGGACAAGGCUCCAGUGGUACUGGAGGGCCCAUAAGCGGUAUUUGGGGAGGUCAAGGAGGUUCUGGCAGCGCAGGUGGUUCUGGAGGAGGUGGUUCAGCUUCAGGUGGGCAAGGCUCCGGUGGUAUUGGAGGACCUAUUAGCGGAAUUUGGGGAGGUAGUGGUGGUUCCGGAGGACCAAUCAGUGGCAUCUGGGGAGGAGGUGGAAAUCAUCAUGGAAGUGGUGGUAGCGGAGGAUCUGGUGGAUCAGGUGGUUCUGGAGGAUCGCAUGGUGGAUCGUGGGGUAUCGGAGGAAGUAAUCAGGGAGGCCAAGGUGGAAGUGGUGGCACUGGAGGCUCUAGUGGUUCCGGUGGAUCACAUGGUGGAUCCUGGGGUAUAGGAGGAAGCAAUCAGGGAGGCCAAGGUGGAAGUGGUGGCACUGAAGGCUCUAGUGGUUCCGGUGGAUCACAUGGUGGAUCCUGGGGUAUAGGAGGAAGCAAUCAGGGAGGCCAAGGUGGAAGUGGUGGCACUGGAGGCUCUAGUGGUUCUGGUGGAUCACAUGGUGGAUCCUGGGGUAUAGGAGGAAGCAAUCAGGGAGGCCAAGGUGGAAGUGGUGGAACUGGAGGCUCUAGUGGUUCUGGUGGAUCACAUGGUGGAUCCUGGGGUAUAGGAGGAAGCAAUCAGGGAGGCCAAGGUGGAAGUGGUGGCACUGGAGGCUCUAGUGGUUCCGGUGGAUCGCAUGGUGGAUCCUGGGGUAUAGGAGGAAGCAAUCAGGGAGGCCAAGGUGGAAGUGGUGGAACUGGAGGAUCUAGUGGUUCCGGUGGAUCCUGGGGUAUAGGAGGAAGCAAUCAGGGAGGCCAAGGUGGAAGCGGUGGCACUGUAGGCUCUAGUGGUUCCGGUGGAUCGCAUGGUGGAUCCUGGGGCAUAGGAGGAAGCAAUCAGGGAGGCCAAGGAGGAAGCAGUGGCGUUGGAGGCUCAGAUGGUUCUGGAGGAUCACAUGGUGGAUCCUGGGGUAUCGGAGGUGGUAAUCAAGGAAGCCAUGGAGGAAGUGGUAGUACAAGUGGUUCUGGAGGUGGUUCAGCCUCAGGUGGGCAAGGCUCUGGCAGCAAUCAAGGCGGUGGUGUUACAAUUAUUGUUACUAAACCAGGCUCAGGGGGAAGUUCAGGAUCAACUGAGCCAAGUCCUGGUUCCGUUGCACCUGGCAGCAAUUGGGAAUCUGGAAAUCAUUGGCAAGCUGGGGGAAUUUGGGGAUCUGGUAGCAAUAAUCAAGGCUCUCAAGGUGGAAGCUCAGGAAGUCAAGGAUCUGGGGGUAGUCAAGGCUCUCAAGGUGGAAGCAUAGGAAUUGGUGGAUCAGGAAGUCAAGGAUCUGGAGGUAGUCAAGGUUCUCAUGGAGGAGGCUCGGGAAGUCAAGGAUCUCAGGGCGGAGGCAUAGGAAUUGGUGGUUCAGGAAUUCAAGGAUCUGGAGGAAGUCAAGGUUCUCAUGGUGGAGGCUCAGGAAGUCAAGGUUCUGGAGAUAAUCAAGGCUCUCAAGGUGGAAGCAUAGGAAUUGGUGGUUCAGGAAUUCAAGGAUCUGGAGGUAGUCAUGGUUCUCAGGGUGGAAGCUCGGGAAGUCAAGGAUCUGGAGAUAAUCAAGGCUCUCAGGGCGGAGGCAUAGGAAUUGGUGGUUCAGGAAUUCAAGGAUCUGGCGGUAGUCAAGGUUCUCAUGGUGGAGGCUCGGGAAGUCAAGGUUCUGGAGAUAAUCAAGGCUCUCAAGGUGGAAGCAUAGGAAUUGGUGGUUCAGGAAUGCAAGGAUCUGGAGGUAGUCAAGGUUCUCAGGGUGGAAGUAUAGGAAUUGGUGGUUCAGGAAGUCAAGUAUCUGGAGGUAGUCAAGAAUCCAGUGGUUCAGGAUCAAGUGGUUCCGAAGGUAGUCAAGGAUCAAGCGGAGGUAUUGACGGUAGUGGUUCUGGCAGUCAAGGAUCUGGAUCAAGUGGCUCUGGCAGCGAUCAAGGAUCAUCGAGUGGUGGAAGCAUAGGUGCUGGUGGUUCGGCAGGAACUGAUGGUGGUAAUAGCGAAAGUGGUUCUGAUCAAGGCUCUACCGGAGGAAGUGAGCAGGGUGGAUCUGAAGGUGAAUGCACAUGUUGCCCAACUGGAAACACAGAUUCUCUGUAUAACAAAGGAAUUGAACCGAAAAUCAUUGACAUCCUCCACACUCUACGUUACUCAAUGAUAACUACUCCAGUCCACCAUCGUCCAUUCAUCGCCGAUCGGCAGCUUAUGUCUCACACACGUCUCACCAACGAACAACUGACCAUUUUAGAACUCGCCGAAAGUAUGGUUCCAUUCACAACACGACGUGAUUUGAUUUCCCGAUCGCUAGGAUGCCUUCAAGGUGGAGCAGAUUUCAUGGUCUGUACCAGAAAUGUAAUCUGGCCUUUCCUACAACUUUACAUCGACAGCCUUCCGGACUUUCCCGCGAACAGCGAUGCGUUUAAAACUACCGGUGCCACAAAUAAAUACAAAUUCCAAUUCGCGCCAGAAAAACGAAGACCAUUUGAAUGGAUGAAUAACCGACCGGCUACCACUCGUCGCGUUUCUUCUACCCACGGCAACUAUGGAUUACUAAGAUACCCUAAUAUACAAAUAGCCGCACGAACGCCUUUACAUUCAGGAAUUUCUGCUAAAUCCGAUGACCAACCAAUCAUUUCAGUAACCGGUGCAAGAUUCGUUCCACUUUAUUCAGAAUAUCCCGAAGGAGUAAUUUUGAACAUCCUCAACAUGUUAGUGAAAUCCUCAUCGUCUGCGGAAUCCCAAGUAUCCAAAAGCAAAGUAACUGAAUUUCCUGAACUGGUAACUCCCCUAAAUAAGCAGCAAGAACACAUUUUAAGAGUAAGCGAAAGCUUGCUUCCGGAAAAGGCUCGAGCCAGUUUCUUCGAAGACAUGGCGACGUGCAUGCGCACCAACGAUUUCAUCAUCUGUUCUCGGGAAAUAAUGUGGCCGCUUUUGAUUCAGUACUUCCCAGACAUGCCAAGUUUUCCAACAUUUCAACGAAUCGUCAAUUCCGGAGCCUCGGCUGCAGAAUAUCUCCAACCAAUAGCAGAUAACUCGGCGCCCAUUUCGGAAACGAAUAUAAAAACUGAUCAGACUGGUGACGCGAUGAUCACAUUCACGGACACCCAAUUCGUCCCGAUAAGCGAAAGUCCAGAGGAAGUGAUUUCGAAAGUUUUGAAAACUAUGGAACCGUUAAAUAAACAACCGUCAGCAUUUUCGUCUAUUGCCAAAUCACCAGCAUUCAUUUCGCAGUUCACGAAACCUCAAGCUGAUGUUCUUGUGAUUGCAGAAAAUUUACUGCCAUCGACAUUCCGCGAGACAUUUAUUGUCCGGAUGAAUGAUUGCAUGCGUGGCAGCAGUUUUCUGGAUUGUAUGAGAGAAAUCUCUUGGCCUACGAUAGGACAAUUUUAUCCAAGGCUACCAAAUUUCCCAAAUUUCGGGACUGGAGUCAACUUGCCAGCAGAGAAACCCGAACAGUCGGCUCUACUUCCACCGCACGUGGAACCAAAUUACGCUGAACAAGUUCCAGCACGGAUUGAAUUCCUACCACUGCCACAGUAUCAGUCCAAUUACUUCCAAUCCUAUGGAUUAAAUCCAUUCAGCCCAGAGUAUUUAGGCUUGCAGCAGCAAAGCAGCAAUUAUCCAUCAGCCAUAACUUCGACCGUAGGGUCAACAUUAACACCAGCCGUUGCCGGCCAACCAACUAAAAUUCUUCUACACAUAUCACAAGGUGCUAAAAAUUUAUCGCGUGUGCGCAGAAAUAUCCCAACUAAUGAUAAUGAUAAAGAUAAUACUGAAAACAUUAACAAAUUGGAUGGGCCAAACUUAAAUUUAACAGAGACCGACUUUAUAGAGCUUCUUGCCAAAAUCCUUAAACAAUAUCCUGAGCCCGCGGAAACUGAUGGCUCGUUUGUCGACACCCUCAACUCAACUGUAAAGAACGCAUUGACUGCUGAUCAAUUGACAAUUUUGAAAAUGACUGAGCAACUGAGUCUCCAAAACACCAGGGGACUUAUGGGCCAAGUGUUUAACUGCAUAAUAGGUCUCAGCUUCAUAAGAUGUUUGGGAAUUUUCAUGAUGCCUGUUAUCAUGAACAUGCUGCCUUCGCUGGGUCUCGGGUUGCCUUUCGGCCGUUCCAAUGACAACGACCAAGUCCUGGGAAUGUCUAAAAAAGACGCCGAAGCCGAACUGCUCGAAGGAAAGGAAUCCAUUGAAAGCGUUCUGCUCAACUGGUACAAGAGUCUUACUGAAGAAAAGUUUUCGUCGUCUUUCGGAUUCCUUGAGUUCCAAGGCUACGGAAAUGGUCAAAUUGGCAUUAAAUUCAACGGAUUCAGGCAGGCACGAGUCAGGAUCAAGGACCACAAGACUCUGCCAAGUAUAUUGACAAUCAUCAGCGACAUUAUGGAGGACGUGCUGGAUCCAAAACCUGACAAUCCCAAGCUUAAGAACAAAAAACAAAAAAGCAUAAAAUUGAAUUCUUAUGAAGAUCUAAAUGAGUCUCCAAGAAGCAGCGACGACAAAAUAAUCCAGAUGUUUUUGGAAAGAUUGAAAGCCAACUCGACAAACAGCGACACUGACUCCGUUGAUGAUCAGAAGCAAUACCUGACUAUAGAAGAUGCCUAUCGCGCAUUCGAAGUUCUUCUGGGCACGAGAUUCAAAGCACGGGCUUCUAAUGACCAGGACACUUAUCAAUCGAACAACAACUACGCUGACGAGGAACUGAAAGUAGUUCCUCUGGAAAGCUUUCAGGAAUUGGGCGGAAAAACCAAAGCCAAGGAAGACAAGUCGCAAUUAAUGGUCAAGCUGCCUCAGUUGAACGAAAACAUGGAGUUGGCUCGAAAACUGACCAAUACGGUGACGGAUUUAUCAAGACGCAUGAAGAACAACAUGAUGCAAAUGGCCCCAGGUGUUGGGGUAGCAGUCAGCUUUCUUCUGCAAAUGGCCUUAGCUCACGCCCGUGCUGCAGCAUCAGUAGCAGAAGUGAUCAGCAACAUGGCGUUGGGUUCUGCGAUGUUCACUUUCAUGCGGCAGACCUGGUUUGCGCCCAGUCCACAACCGAAAGUUCACUACGUCCACAACCACGAGCCAUCUGAAGCGGGAAUAAGUUGGUCAAGAAGUUUUUGAGUAGAUCACAUCUACUAGAAAACAAUAAUUAUUAAAAUAACCAAUGAUCGAUAAAUUGGGAAGGCUGCAAUAAUUUAUGUUAAGGGAUCUUGGUGAUGGGUACUAUUAUGUGAACUUGUGAUUCUGUAAUAAUUAAUUAUUUACGAUUCAUAUAUAUUAUCUUUAUACAUUCAUUAGUCGUAAUUCAUUUUAUACAUUCACUUGUACUCAUAUUAGUUAAUAAAUAAA